GGCAGCCGCGGGCACCGGCUGCCGCCCGCCCGCCGCCCGCCGCCAACUUCCCCGCCGCCGCUCGCCGCCGGCCCGCGCCGCUCGGCCAUGCUCAGUCGGUGCCGCCUGCCCAGCCGGGUUCCCGCCGCCCCGUCGCCGCCGCCGCCGCCGCUGCUCCUCCCGGCCCGAACUUGCGACUCAUGAAGGGAGCGGCGGGCAGGGACGGGGCAGCCCCGGCCGCCACUCGCGCGGCCGCAGCACGCAGCUCUGCCCGCACCGGCGGCAGCGCCCGCCGCGCCUCCGACUACCGCCGCCGCCUCCGCCGCCGCCGCCGCCGCCUGACCAUUUGUGCCGGCCCCUCGAGCCCGCGCCCCUCGCCUCGCCGCGCCGCGCCGCGCUCCCUCCGACCGGUUUCCAGGCGCCCCGCAGUCUGCCUUUCACCGGGAGGGAGGAGCCUUGAAACCGACGCCGAACUUUCCUGCAAGAAAAUCCUGUGUGGAAUGAAUCUUCCCAGAAGCACUUGUCCUACAUUUCAAGCACCCCAAACCACAAAACUCAUCAUUAGAAGCAUAAUUCUCUGUGUUCCAAAACACCAGAUCAGUUUAAAACCGUGCCUGAGCACGAAAGCUAAGAUGUGUCGAUGCCUGUCCGCUACUACAGCAAGAAACACCCCCUGCCAUCAAACCAUCAGCAUCCUCCGGUCUUACAUUUGCGGUUUCGGGACUGUAACAAACUUCAUCCUGUGCGUGGCUGCUUUCCUGGUAGUUCUGCUGCUGAAAAUGACCACUCGGCACCAGAAUGAACUCCCAGGGUCGGUCCUUAAGUGAAACUACGGAACUUGUCCCACGGAAGUGAGCAUGGGAACUAGGUUUCCUAACUCCGCCCAGCACCCAAAACCAGGGACUCAGUAGGGAUGCUGCUCUGUAGAUUAUAAUUUCCCUCUGCUUCCAUCCCCUCGCUUGUCUCUCUCCAAAUCAACGGACUGUAAGGUAAUUGCCUCUCCUUUUUGCUUAGGUAAUAACCGCCACUUUUCCUCCCAUCCUUAACAUCCUCUGCAUCAUUAACAUCAUUAACAUCCUCUCUAUUCUACAGCUACCAUCUUCGUCCUUUCAGAGCUGGCUUAAUUAAUAAAUAUCUUAGCAAAAGUUAAGCAAUUGUUCUUAACUGAGAGCUGCAGCUGGUGUUUCUAACCCAAAGAAAAGUUUGUAUGGCCAAAAGUUUGUCUAAUUUUUCCACCUAUAUGUCUUGGCCUAAUAAAAGAUGCUACUUCUUCAUACAACCCUAGUACUGUGUGUGUCUGCCUUGUUCUUGUAAUGAUUCCGUAGGUAUCCACCACAGGUGACUGUUGGAGAGAGGAG